AUGACAACUUUUGGUUGGGAGUGCACAUCACCUGACCCUAAAGGGACCAUGGGCUAUAUGGAUUUUGAAUGUAUCAGAACCGGCAAGUAUAGCAAGGAGUCAGAUGUAUACAGCUUUGGAAUUGUAGCAUUGGAAUUAGCAUGUGGAAGAAAACCUAUAGAUCCCAAUGCCCCAGAAGAUCAGAUAAGAAUGGUUGAGUGGGUUUGGAACCUUUAUGGAAUGGGCAAGCUCUUUGAAGCAGUUGACUCGAAACUAUUUGCAGAGUUUGAUGAGCAAGAAACAGAACAUUUGAUGAUUGUGGGGCUUUGGUGUGCUCACCCAGAUCCUAAUCUCCGGCCUUCAAUCAGGCAAGUGAUUCAUGUCCUGAAUUUUGAAGCUUCGUUGCCUGUUCUUCCAUCCAAAAUGCCAGUGCCAAAGUAUUUGUCUCCGUCAGGGUAUACACCCACUUCUUCACAACUAUUUUCCUAUGGCACUACUGUAUCUGAGAGUAGUCGGAACCAAUCUUUAAGAUAUAGCUACAACACCGAUUGCCCAAAGUUCACCACAUCUUCUGCAACAUUUUUGUCAUCUGAAUCACUUUUGCACACACGGUAG